AGCAUCACUCGCGCUCUGGAAAUUUAGGAGCUCAAAUUAAAGUUGCAUGGUUUUCUAAAAACCCAGUAAUGUGGUGAUCUUAUUGAAAAACGGUUACAUAUACCGGAAGUAGACCUUUAUUGUAUUAGCACCCCGUAUUUAUAAUCUCUAAUUACACAACACGUAAUGUGGUCUACAGGCUGAGAGCUGCCUUUGUAACACCACACAGUCUGAACAGGUGCUGCUCGGCUCAGUUUCUGGUGCUCAGAGAUGAAGACAGAGUGAGACCUCUGCUCUUCUCUCUGAUCUCCAUCUGUCUGCAUGGCGCGGAUAUUCUACUGCCUUACAACUACAUCUCUCAUCUACUGCGGGACUGUGAGGAGGUUGACUGCAGCUGACCAUUGGUGGCUCCAGUCCGUGAGAGGAAGAGUAGCAGCCGUCAAACAUUACACUUCAUCUUCUCCACACUCAGGGACAGGGUCCAUGAUGAAGAAGAAGCUGCUGGUGGAUGUAGACUGUGGGGUUGACGAUGCUCAGGCCAUCAUGUUGGCGCUGGCCGCCCCCAACGUGGAGCUCCUAGGCGUCACCUGUGUGCACGGAAACACCACAGUGGAGAAUGUGUGCAAGAACGCACUGCGAGUUCUGCAAGCCUGCAAUAAACUGGAGAUUCCAGUGUUUAAAGGUGCAGCUAAGCCGAUCCUUGGGAACAGCCUCAGUGUGGGACACUUCCACGGGCAGGAUGGGCUGGGAGACGCUCCCGACCCCAACGCUCCUGGUCUGGAGCUGGUCCAGAAGGAGGGCGCUGUGUCAGCCAUGAUCAGGAUUGUCAAUGAAAACCCAGGAGAGGUAUCUCUGGUUGCCACGGCACCCCUCACCAACCUGGCUCUGGCUGUGAGGAUGGAUCCGUCUCUACCGAGCAAACUCAGAGGGCUCUACAUCAUGGGAGGCAACACUGAAUCUCGAGGAAACACCACAGUGUGUGGUGAGUUCAACUUUGCUGCUGAUCCAGAAGCUGCGUACAUCGUACUGAACGACUACCAGUGUCCCACCUACUUGGCCUGCUGGGAGUUCACCUGCUACAGCAAGCUGUCCUGGGAGUUUUGCGACGCCUGGUUGGCACAGGACACUGAGAAAGCUCACUUCAUGGCGCGGAUCUUCCGCCACAGCAUCGUGGCAUCAAAAAACGAAAGCCUCGACAAAGUCUUUAUUACCGGCUCAGGUUUCGUCUCCUGCGACUCGUACGCCGUGGCAGCCGCCGUGGAUGAUUCAUUCAUCACAGAGAGCGACCAAUAUCCAGUGAGCGUGGAGCUGGCCGGCACAUACACCAGAGGCAUGAUGGUAGUAGAUACUGUGGGCUUCUUGAAGAAGGCGCACAAGGCUUUUAUCAUGAAGAAGGUGGAUUUGAAGAAGUUUGAAGAGAUGAUGAUGGCUGCUUUACAGUAAUGAGGCAUUAUAUUAAAUAUUAUAUUACAUAAAGUUUUUCAUAGCACAACACACACACUCAUCCAUUCAGAAAAAGCUCCAGCCAAUAACAGCUCCAGUUUUUUCAGUGUUACAUUUUUCUUUGGUGCAUUGUGCGUUCUUAAACAUUUGGUAGUUCUUUGUUACCCACUUUCUUGAGACGUGUCCUUUAAAUGAGGUUGUAAAGCCGCUCAUACACUGACCCACAGACCUUGAUGUGAGCAGUUUCAUAUAGGAACUGUUCCUUUUUGUCAAACUACACUUGGAUGAAAGGCUCGUGCUCGUGACAGUGUCAGAUGUAAACAUUAAUGGCGUCCUCCUUGGCUGAGCUGUAACGUUAGCUAGCUCAGUGGUGCUAGGUGAGCUAGCAGUAGAUGCACGUUUCCUUCUGCACACUGAUACGGUUGGUGGGUGUAAUUCAAUAGAGAGAAAAUAGUUCCAACAUGAAACUGCUCACAGUAAGGUCCGUGGUCUAUGUUGAUUAACCAGGUCAGAAUAUACAUGAUUGUUUUUUUUAUUUUUUUUUUAUGGUGUAUAUGUUGUAAUGGGUAUCAGGUCUCAAGGGGUAAUUAGUGGUCAUCAUCACUGUAUAUGGUAGCAACCUGUCUUUGUCUGAUCAGGUGUUCCACCCCGAAGGAAAAACAGUUUUUGAUUGCUGAAGCAGCUUGUUACUGUGGGAGUUGCACAUGUUGUUUUUUGACUAGUAUUGGAAACACGUUCGAGUUUAAUGGACACUGACAAGUUUGUGAUGGAAAAUAAAUGGACAAAGUGUUGAACUAGCAA